GUCGUACUUCGAAAGUUCGAACUCAACAUAUUACUACGAAGUACCAACAUACCAAGUACCAAAUAUCAAAUACCAAUCUUUCGUUUUCGUUGCCUGACGGUCAUAGCGCUGUAAAAAUAUUACUUACAUUUAUAUAUUCAAUAACUAUAUGACUGUGGAUGUUUUUCAAUUGUGUGAAAUUAAUUAGAAAAUACUGCGUUUUCUAAGCUAGUAAUAAUUUUUUUCGCUAUUAAAUAGCAGUUUAACUGGUGUUGUGUUUUAAGGAUAACAGCAAUGUCAAGCGAAACCGCAAAAAAUUUUUCAAAUCUGGAAACACCGGGGUAUGUUGGAUUUGCAAAUUUGCCAAAUCAAGUACAUCGAAAAUCAGUAAAGAAGGGUUUUGAGUUUACCCUCAUGGUGGUUGGUGAAAGUGGACUAGGAAAAUCCACUCUGGUUAACUCUCUGUUCCUUACGGAUUUAUAUCCUGAAAGAGUUAUACCUGAUGCAAUUGAGAAGACAAACCAAACAGUUAAAUUAGACGCUUCCACUGUGGAAAUUGAAGAGAGGGGUGUUAAAUUGAGGCUUACCGUAGUUGACACACCCGGAUAUGGUGAUGCAAUUGAUAACACAGAUUGUUUUCGGUCAAUAAUUCAAUACAUCGACGAGCAAUUUGAACGCUUUUUGCGCGACGAAAGUGGUCUCAAUCGUCGUAAUAUCGUUGACAAUCGCAUUCAUUGCUGCUUUUAUUUUAUAUCGCCGUUUGGACAUGGAUUGAAACCACUAGAUAUCGAAUUUAUGAAGCAAUUACACAAUAAAGUUAACAUUGUUCCUGUUAUUGCAAAAGCGGACUGUCUUACCAAGAAAGAAGUACAGCGACUGAAAACUAGAGUAAUGGAAGAAAUUGAAAGGGAAGGAAUAAAGAUUUAUCCUCUCCCAGAUUGUGACAGCGAUGAAGAUGAAGAUUAUAAGGAACAGGUGCGGCAGCUGAAGGAGGCGGUGCCGUUCGCGGUGUGCGGCGCGGGGCAGCAGCUGGAGGUGCGCGGGCGCCGCGUGCGCGGCCGCCUGUACCCGUGGGGCGUCGUCGAGGUCGAGAACCCCGACCACUGCGACUUCAUCAAGCUGCGCACCAUGCUCAUUACCCACAUGCAAGACCUACAGGAAGUGACGCAGGAGGUUCACUACGAGAACUACCGCUCGGAGCGACUAGCACGCAAUGGACAAAUUCCUAAACGCCACACUUCAAAUGAGAGUGGUUUGAGUGAAUCAGACUCUGGCCUGACCAACGGCUCUAACGAAGACUCAACCGAACGCGAACGUGCUCUGCGUGAGAAGGAAGCUGAACUGCGGCGCAUGCAGGAGAUGCUGGAGCAGAUGCAGCGGCAGAUGCAGCUGCAGGCCGCCGCCAACUCCUCUGCAUAGUGCACGCACAGCGCUCAGCUGGAUACUAGUAGGGCUGUCCAGCUGGUGGAGGCGUGUGACGUCGUCAACUCCAUUCUACGCGCUAUACCCUACUGCGUUACGUCAACAUAAACGGUAAAAGUAACGAACAAGAAAUCUCCAUCGAUAUCUUAACAUCACUGCUUUAAAAUGUUUGUAAGAUCAACAUCAAAUGGCUUUGAACACGUCACCAGUUAUAUAUAGUAAGUAAUGUAUACUUUAUCAAUUAAAUGACAUCGAAUAAAUGUUACAUAUAAGCGGCUUUAUCUAUAAAUGUUGUUUGGGGGUGAUUAGUUAAUGCUGUCUGAUUCUUUCAAAUAUGAAAUCGGUGAUGACAGAGAGAUAAAUCAGUGUUUGUCUACACACCAGUUAAACAACGCUUAUAAGUAAAGCCGUACAUUAUCAGCAUUCCGAACAAUGUCACAUGAUACACUCAACAUGGAAAUAUAAUUUGUAUGAUUACAGUAAGCACAAUGAGGGUGCGUUAAGUGUCUUAUUCUAAGUAAUUAUUAGGUUAUGGACAUAUUAUACAUAGAUUAGUUACAUGUAAUUGUUUUACUGUAUACCAAAAUUAUAUAAACAAUAAUAGAAAAUUUGUCCGGCCCAGUAGGUAGGAAGUAAAAUACAUAACAUUUCUCUUAUUCUGUCACAGUAGCCAUUCUAUAACGUUUUAUUUUCUUUAACUGCUUUUCUCAAUACGGCCUCUGGCAAAUUCGAUACAAAAAGGAAAAACGAUUAAAAAUAUUGUAUUGAAAGAGCUUUACUACAAAUUGAUAUCAUCCAUUUCAUUACAAACAGUCAGGAAGGCAUUUUUCAGUGGCUCGGCUUAAGAAUUGAACAUAUUUAAUUGACUAUACAAAUGAAAAUUGAUUUAAUUGAUAAGUAUUAAUGACAUCAUAAUCAUUGUGAUUUUUUCUUGACAAUUUGAAUCUACUGUUCAUAAGUACCGAAAUUGUGCUCUGUUGAAAUACCUAUAA